AUGCAGACCGCUUGGCGGAUCCUCCUGCUGGGCGCUUGCCGAAAAAUUGAUGAUAUGGGAGACGCCGGUGUCGACAUAGAAAUUGUGUCUAGCAAGGCAGGCUACCAUAUCGCGUGCCACAGACCCCGUGCCGCCAGCCUUGCCUACAGUGACUACACCGUGGGAUGGAUCUGCGCGUUGCCAAAAGAGUUGACGGCGGCGACAGCUAUUCUAGACCAGAUACACCCAAAUCUUCCCAAGUCACCAGAUGACCGUAACGCAUACACAUUAGGGUCUAUCGGCAAGCAUAACAUUGUUAUAGCAUGUUUACCGAAAGAAGGAACUGGCAAUGCUUCGAUUUCCAUAUCUGCGACACAGAUGGCGCGCACUUUUCCAUUUCUAAAAUUUAGUCUCUUGGUUGGAAUCGGCGGCGGUAUUCCACCCAAGGUCAGUCUUGGUGACGUUGUUGUCAGCACUCCGGGGGAUGGGCAUCAGGGAGUGGUGGAGUGGGACUUUGGAAAGGCAGAAAAUGGUAGGUUGUUUGGCCGGGUUGGUAGGCAUAAUAGCCCUCCGGUGGCGCUGUUAACAGCGUUGGCAAAGAUGGAGUCCCAGGGUGAACUAUGGGGGCAUAAGAUACCUCAGUAUCUGGACGAUAUGGCGAUGAAAUGGCCAAAUAUGGUGCCAGGGUAUACCCAUGCACCAUGUCGCAAAGGGCACAGGGCCGCCCGCACAGACUUUGCGCCGGAACAAGUGAAACUGGAAGCGCCCGAAAGCCAAUCCGAAGACAUGCGCGUGCAUUACGGGCUAAUAGCGUCGGGUAGCCAGGCAGUCACGGAUGCGAAAUUUCGUGACAGUCUCGAUGAGUGUCUUGGCGGGGACGUAUUGUGUCUCGAAACAGGCGCUGCAGGGCUUGUGGAUGACUUCCCAUGUCUUGUUAUUCGUGGUAUCAGCAAUUAUGCUGAUUCACAGACGACCGACGAGUGGCAGGAACAUGCUGCAGGUGUAGCGACAGCCUGUGCGAAGGAGCUUCUUCAAUAUGUACAGCCAAGUGAUGUUGUUGGAGAGCGCUCGACUGAGGACAUUCUGAGCCAUGUUGUUGACAGGCUUGAAUCGUUGAGGUCCAAGAUGGAUAGAAACGAGGAUCUCGAGAUUCUCGACUGGCUUACACCAAUUGACUAUGGUCCUCGUCACAGCGAGCUGAUAAGACAAAGACAACCAGGCACUGGUCAGUGGUUCUUGGACUCUGAUGAGUACUAUUCUUGGCGAACCUCCGGCUGUCAGACAUUAUUCUGUCCAGGCAUUCCCGGAGCAGGGAAAACAAUGAUGACCGCAAUUGUCAUUCACGACCUGACUACACGGCUCUUGCAGGAUCAGUCUGUUGGGAUCGCGUAUUUAUACUGCAACUUCCGCCACAAGGAUGAACAAGGGUUGGAAGACUUACUCGCAAGCCUUCUGAAGCAGCUAUGCCAGGACCGGCCUUUCCUACCAGACAUCGUGAGGCAUUUUUAUAACAAGCAUAAAAAUAAGAGGACACGGCCCUUGCUUGGAGAAAUUAUACAAGCUGUCAUUUCUGUAGCGGCCAUGUAUUCAAGAGUCUUCAUUAUUGUCGACGCGCUGGAUGAAUGUCAAGCCUCCGAUGGCUACCUGUCAGGAUUUUUAACGCAACUCAUCCACCUCCAGGCGCAGUGCGGGCUAAAUAUAUUCGUCACUUCCAGGCUCGUCCCGCAGGUCAUGGAAAAGUUCAAGUCCAGCACGAAAUUGGAAAUCCGUGCACAUGACCAAGACAUACGGAGAUAUCUCAGUGCCCGAAUAUCACAACUACAACGUACCCUUUUGGCAUCACGUGUUGACGAGGUUCAUGAUAACAUCACCAAAGCUGCAGAUGGAAUGUUUCUCCUGGCCCAGCUACAAUUUGAAUCGGUUCGAACACAAAAAACAAUCAAAAAGGUUCGAGGCGCCUUGAAAAGACUUCCUAUCGGAGUCGCAUAUGAACAUGUCUACAACGACACUAUGCAACGGAUUCGGGAGCUGGACAGUAAUUCUCGGGACCUUGCAAAAGACACGCUGUCAUGGAUAACCUUCGCAAAGAGACCCCUCUCUCCAGCUGAACUUCAGCACGCCCUCGCCGUGGAGCACGACGAGCCCGACCUCGACCACGAUAAUCUUCCACAGGUCGAAGAGAUGAUCUCCGUUUGUGCCGGACUAAUCACAGUGGACAAAGACAGCAACAUUAUCCGAUUCGCCCACUACACGAUGAAAGAAUACUUCCAGCAAGCGCAGAAGCAUUGGUUUCCAGACGCAGAGGUCAAAAUCACACGAACCUGCAUUUCUUAUCUAUCAUUCCACGCAUUUGAGACCGGACCGUGUCAAACAGGGCGUGAGCUUACAGAGCGCCUGCAGAUGUAUCCGCUGUAUGACUACGCCGCAUGCAACUGGGGACAUCAUGCGCGGGACGCUUCGACUUUAUGUCCUGAAGCUGUGAAGUUUUUGAACUAUGACGGAAAGAUUCAAGAUGUGCCUGGUCGUGCUCUGCUCCUUCGGAGAUCGAGAGAUGAAGACAGUGGUCAACUUGACCAUUGA